AUGUCGACGACGCAUAGAGAGGGCGUCAACCCGCUGAGGCCCUACUACAUACCGCCCACCAUCGGCGAGGCCGCCGACCCCGUCGCCGCCGCCAACGCGAAUCCCUUCUCCGGCCGCAAUGCGACGAGCAGCGCCCGCUACGCGUCCAAGGCGCGCGACGUCCUCGCCGACCUCGACUACAAGGACUACCUGCGCGACUCGUCGCCGUCGGUCGUCCAGAGCGUCAAGGAGCUGGUCGACGAGCUGAUAUGGAAGUACACGUCCGUGUUGAUGGCCCAGCCGUUCGAGGUGGCCAAGACGAUCCUGCAGGCACGCGACCAGGACGACAACGCCGCGCUGGCCACGGCGUCGGAGCCCGGCAGCUUGAAGCGGCAGGCCUCGGGUCAGGCCGGCUCCAUCUAUGAUUACCAAGAUUCCGACUCGGAAGGGGAUGAGCCUGCCUACUUCACCUCCAACGUGCCCGGGACGCCCACGUCAUCAUAUAGAAGAAACCACAACGGCUAUGGCGCAUCGUCGCCGUCCCCGGCGCCCCGGAAGCCUGCUGUCCCUGAACACCAGCUGACCCUACGGAGGCCAGACUCUGUUGCCGAGGUGAUCGGGCAGUUGUGGCAAAGGGACGGCGCAUGGGGCGUGUGGAAGGGCUCGAAUGCCACUUUUCUCUACACCGUCUUGCAGUCUCUGCUGGAAAACUGGUCGCGGAGCUUCCUGAGCGCCAUCUUCAACGUUCCCGAUUUGGGCGUCAGAGAAGACAUUGACCGCCUCAUCGACAUUGCGUCCCCAUACCCCUGGGUGUCGCUCUUCGUCGCCGGCGCAGCAGCUGUAGCUACUGGCGUGCUUCUCUCCCCACUGGACCUUGUGCGAACCAAGCUCAUUCUGUCUCCGAUCAAGGGGCAGCGACGGACGCUGGCGUCCCUUCGUGCUCUUCCGUCAUACCUUUGCCCGUCUGCGAUUGCUUUGCCGACUGUCCUGAACUCGCUCGUUCACCCGCUCCUGACGCUGUCUACGCCGCUCGUUCUGCGAACUCGAUUCAUGAUCGAUAGCCAAGUCUCACCUAUGACGUUUUCCGUUGCCAAGUUUCUCGCCUCGUCAGCCGCGAUUCUCGUCAAGCUGCCCAUCGAGACCGUGCUGCGCCGCGGUCAGAUGGCUGUGCUCACCGGCCAGCAGUAUGUCCGGGCGCUUGGGACGAAGGAUCAGAAGAUCGAAACGAUUGUGCCGAUCGGACGAUACAAGGGCGUCUUCGGCACCAUGUACCACAUCGCCUCCGAGGAGGGCACGCGGGAGAUUCCGGCGACGCAGCCCCCGAAGAAGGGCAAGGCAAAGGCUAAGACCCUUCAGCCUACGCACAGAAAGGGGCAGGGCCUGGAGGGUCUCUGGCGUGGGUGGAAGGUCAACUGGUGGGGCCUCGUUGGACUUUGGACAGCGAGCGUGGUUGGCCACGGCGGCGAGGGCGAGUUUUAA